AGUUAACACCGGGCAGCAAUUAACCGACUUUGGUCUGAACGACCGUCGUUGCCCGUUGUCGUAAACGGCAGCGUUCAGGACGUGCUCCGACCUCAGUAGAUCAGAUUUCGCCCCGCCGUGAAACUUAAUCGGCGUGGACAUGGCGAGUUUAAGCCGGGUUAGGAUCUGACCUGGACUGAAAUGUUAAGAUGAACGCCGCGCUUAACUUCAUUGAUCAGCAAGCUGGCGAGCUGGGCUUCUGCACUGCAGUGCUUUUGCUGAGCAUAAUCACGUGGAGGACACAUGGCGCUUCGCAACAACAGCACCCAGCUCUUUGAGCUGCCGCAAUGCAGUUCCUUUUGGCGACCACACAGAAAAUCGACAUGCAAAGGUAGCACAGCUUGUUCUGAGGUCCAGCGAGCCAAAAUUGGAGGCGCACAGCAAUUUUGCGGGUUGAUGCUUCGUUGUUUUAGAGUUGGUCUGCAGCCAUGAGUACCGAGGGUCUGAUGCGUUUGCUCAACAGCGAGCUGCCGUUGCUGCAUGAGCAGUACAAGGCAGGAGACAAGCGGGUUGGCCUGGUCAUCGUUGAUGAAGUGAAUGGGUUUGCCACCGUCGGCGCUGGGAACUCAGCACCCCUUCGCCCCAGCCAGCAGAUUGACAGGAUGAUUGAUGAAACAGACAGGCUAGCGCGGCAGUUCUUGGACCGGGGUUGGCCAGUCUUGGCGUUCAUGGACCUGCACGAAAUGGGGGUGUCAGAACCGCCCUGGUCAAAGCACUGCGAGCGGGGAAGCGGAGAGGAGGAUUUUGUGCCGAAACUGCGAUGGCUGGACAACACCGAGAAAUGCGUCAAGAUCUACAAGGACUGCGCGGACGGUUUUGUGGGGGCGUUCCGAAAGGACCGGUCGAACGGGUUCGUGGACUGGGUUGCAGAGAACAAGGUUGAGCAUAUUCUGGUGGUGGGCACGUGCACUGACGUCUGCGUGCUCGACUUUGUCGUCAGCGCCCUCUCCGCGCGUAACCACAAGAUGAUCCCCCCCCUCUCCGAGGUCUACGUCUACGCCGACGGCUGCGCCACUUCUGAUAUGCCCCUCGAAGAAGUCAAGAAGAACGGGAAGAGCCCGUACUCCGCACAUCCGCAAGGACCGACGCACUACAUGGGGCUGUACAUCAUGUCUUACAGGGGAGCUCGUUUGGUCGAUUCCGUCACAAUAUAGGUGUUUACAAAAGUAGCGGUAGUUUGGAGGUCAGGUUAACGGCAUAAAAGAUGGUUUGGAAUGCAUAGCUGCACGCGAUUCGAAGUCCAAACCUGCUGCUGUUCGGUGCAUAUGUGUCGAUAUAAGAAAGCUGAUGAAUACGCACGCGAGAGUGACUUUGAAGGCGGCAACGUUCGCUAACCCUGCUAGAGGCGAGAUAUAGAAGCGGCCAGGCUUAAAUUAUUGAUUGUAGGGGGUCUGCAAUGGCCCUGCAUAUGAUUGAACUUUAAUCGGCUUAAAGUAGAGGGGGCAUGGUCUUUGGCCCCGUGUGAGUGGAGCUUUUGAACGCAACCUAUUUAAUCAAUGAG